CUCCCGGCCGAGGCUUUAACAGCGCGUCUAGCGGAGCCGGUGGCCACAGUCGUCCGCUGGAUUGUAACGGAGAAACAGAGCAGUCCUCCUGCAGACAGACAGCCCUGCAGACAGAUAGUCCUGCAUUCAGCCCUGCACACCCCCAGCAUGGACGUGAAGCUGCUGGCGCUGGCGGCCCUGCUGGCCGUGGCCGCGCAGGUCCCGACAUCCACCGCGAAGCCCAUCAGCCUGGUUGAGCGGUGCUGGUGUCGGUCCACGCUCAACACCGUCCCUCAGCGCUCCAUCAAGGAGCUCAAGUUCCUCCACACACCCAACUGCCCCUUCCAAGUCAUUGCCAAGCUGAAGAGUAACAGAGAGGUUUGCAUCAACCCAGAGACCAAGUGGCUGCAGCAGUAUUUAAAGAACGCCAUCAACAAGGUGAAGAAAUCCAAAAGACGCAGUAAGAAGAAAGCCUAAACACAUGGGAAAGAGAGUCCAGUAUCCUGCCGCUGAUCCUGAAAUUCCCAGGCCAAAACCUCCAUACCUCCCCAUCACUGCAAUGGAUGUAUGCGAACACGCUGAAUAUACCUGCCCACCUCUCUGGACCGCUUGCAGAAGCAGCACUUCACCUCUAAACGUUGCCGUUCACAGCAUCACCUCUUUCUGAACACGCGGACAGUCGCCACCGGCGGUCCAUACCAGCACCAUGUGCAAUUAUACGGCGGUUGUGAGGUGGCAUAUCUUAAAUAACUCUGAUUGUGUGCCUGUAUAUAUUUGUUUUGUUGUUCUUUUUUCUUUGUUGGGAUUCACCCAGCUUUCAAAGAACUUUUCCAGCUUUCUGUCUCACUCAAAUCUUCAUUUCCACCAUCAAGUCAUGGUAAACUUGUUUCAAACACCAGCUAUAGACUGAGGAAAACCUUUCCAUCAGCUGCCUGCACUGAUCUGUGACCUGGGAUUUGGUCAAAUGAAGAAGAGUUGAAUUUACAAACACCAAAGGGAACUCAUUUAAGUCGAAAUUCCUGCCCUUGUGACUUGUGCUCACAUUAUUCAUGUUUCUACAUGCCUAUGCUCUGCACAGCGGAUCAUCGUUUUUCAUAUCCUCCCUCUUCUACUGUCACACCAGCCACCUGCAUGUGCUCUGUCACCACAUCCGUAAUGUUCUGCUUGGGUCUGCCUCUUUUCUUCCUGGUUUUCCAGACAGAAAUGCAGAAAGACUCUGCCUCUUUGAGGCAAACGUGGCGUCUCUUUUUGAACAAGGGCUUACGGGACAAUAGACACAGAACCACGCUAUUGGGGUUAACUGCCAUCUAUUACCCUUGGUUUAUUAGAGCAGACCACUCAACCGCACGUUUGGCAUCACCUCUGAGCUCGCUGCACGAACAAAACAGGGAGGACGCUCACGCAAACUGCAAUGCAAAGAGCACUGAUAUUCUGGUGCUAUAUAUUCAGGAUGAUGUGUCAGAGCUGUGGAUGUAACUGUAUUUUACUGUUCACGCUAUGCAAAAACAAAAAAAAAGUCAAAACACGGGGACCUCGCACGGUGAGGUUCAAAGGGCUGUUUUCAUGUGACGUUCAGGCCACACAAGGAAUAAAAAACACUUACCGGUGCAGCUUUUCUACUGAUGCAUAUAUUGCAAAAGAAAACAGGUAUUUUUUUUGUGAAUCAUUCAACAUUAAGAAACAUAUCCACUUCAAAAUAUAUGACACUGUUUGAAGUGAGUUAGUUAGUGGAAGUAUUGUUAGGAGGAGGAGGUAGUACCAGGUUGUAAUUCAGAGCAGUUUUGUUUUUAAAGGAGCCUGUGUUUGAUUAUAUUGCAGUAUUUUCAUACCAACACCUGUCCUUGGUAGGAAUGAAAAGCUAAUAAGUUGUCACAAAUAUCUAAAUGAUAAAUGUUACAAAGGAAAUGUUGUGAGUGGGAAAAAUGAAAGUUUUUGAAUAUCCAUUUUAUAGCUAUAUAUAUUUGAGCCACUUUAUUAUUAGAUGUGUCUUUUAAAUGUAAUUCUUUUCUUUAUACAUAUACAUAUAUGUAUAAUCUUACUAAAUGUUUUUCAAUGCAAAAUACAGUAGGCAGUAGCUACUAAAUGAAGGCUGUUCCAUGAAGUGCAGUAUUAAACUUCAUUGUUAAGGAUUGUCACAAGCAUACAUAGGAUAUAUAAUCUAUAAUUUGCAAGUAUGUUAUCUGGUAUGGCACGCACUCCUGGCUUUGACAGACCUAUAAAACACUACCAGGUUUUGACAACGGUUUUAACAGGCUGAGAAAUUGCAUUUAUACUCUUGAAUUGAUUUUUUGUCUGUGUUAUUUAUCAGCCGUUAACAAGAGUGGACACAGGAAAAUCUACCAUGUCCAGCUUGCAGCGUUCGAACUGCUGUCAUUGGUUACGUGAGUCCGGAAACGACUGAGCUCAGCUCUCAAGUCACGCCAGUCGAGCAGUUUAAUCAAUUUGUUUUAUAGUUUCACGUUGGUUGAUGUACUAUGUGUCAGCAGAGCCACUGAGCCGAGACAGAACAAAACCCGACCUGAGAUCCGAACCACCAGCAUGUGCUUUCAAUCUGGACACCACCCCGCCCCCCCCCCCGUGCAGGCAUUUAUUUUCAGCUUCACUCAGCUGUGCUGCAAAAUUAGACCUCUUUUUACCCAAAACCUGUUUUUGUAAGUCCAGGUUGUUCAGCUCAUUUUUAUGAAGUUUGUUUUGUCUUGUGUCAUGUGAUGACUGACGGGGUUCAGGUUCUAAUGUUACCAGUUUGGAUUUAAUGGUGCAAUAAUCCUGCAAUAGUUUUUCUCAUUAAUGUAAUAGGAAUAAACAGCCAUGGGAUUAUACUAAUUUAUAUAACCAUGUAGCUACAUAAGUAAAAAAAAAACAGAAAUCCGUCUUUUUAAUUGAUAUGCAAAGAUAAAUGUUCAAUUUUAUUCAACGUGUAAGUUAAUGACGAACCACAUUCCAAUCUUAACCUUUGCUGUGGACAUUUCUUAUGUUUAUUAAAUUAUCAGCUGUAUUACCAGUAAACUGUAAACAGUGUAAACUGUAGUGACAUUUUCACAUGUUCAUAUAACAAAAUUAGUUACUGGUUCCAUUUUUGAACAAUAAAGGCUAUUAAAUCAAGCCCUGCGGAAACAUUUAUCUUUGCAUUGAAGCCAGUUUCACCGAACUGUCCUCUCAGAGAAUAGUUAGAUAAUAUUUAGCAUAAAAAACACACUGCAAAGACAACCUGUUAGAGAGCGAGGUUGAUAAUGUUGGACAAAAUCCACAUUUUGACUGAUAUUUACUCGGUAGAGGUGUUUUGAGAAACCUAUCAGUGAAUUUUUACUUUAAACCUCGAAACAAUGUGAAAUGACUUUAUAACUUCUGAGGCAGAAUCUGACACUUGAUGCAGGUUCCGACGCAUAUUCUUCAUAAACGUAUGAUGUAUUAGAGUAUUAUUUCUGCAUUUUCACUGCUUGUAAACCAAUGAUAUUUGUGCUCAUUUUUCAAUAAAGUCACACAAAAUAAAAAA